GUGUGUGUGUGUGUGUGUCCAGGUCUAUGAGUUGACUCUCCACUACAGCCAGCACAGCGACCACAACGUGGUGACGGCCUCUCUGGAACUGAUGCAGCAGAUGUUCCGGACUCCUCCCCCGGAGCUACUGCACAUGCUCAUUACGCCCGGCAGCGUUCCGCACGCCAGCGUGUUCCGACGGGACGUGGAGAGACGCGCCCACUCCGGCAGCAUCCUGGAGUUCAUUGCCGGGGGCGGGUCUUCCUGUAAUAGUCCACUCCUCCUCAGAAAACAGAAAGGCAAGAUGCUGUCGGGGGAGGAGGAGGGGUUGGAGGACGACCCUGAGAGGGCAGAGGUCACCACCGGGGCCUUUACAGCCUCUGUCGCGGGCGCCGACGCCACCGCCCAGGUGGUCGACAUCAUUACCCAGCAGCCCCGCUCCUCACAGCAUGCCCUGCAGCCCGGCGACUCCGUGGACCUCGGUGGCGCCUCCUCGGAACAAGGAACGACUGCGCUCGGGACGUCCGGCGGCGAGGGAGGGGCGGGGACUCCCGAGUCGCCCAAUGACAACGCAGCGGACGAGGACAUGCUCAGCCACAGCUCCAGCGGGGCUAACGUUACCCCGGAAACGGCCGACUACGCCACACCGGAGAACGCGGAGAUGCCCGACGGGCCCCUGCUGGACCCCUGGGAGACCCUCGCUAGGGGCGGACUCGCCGCCACGCCUUCAGACGCCGCUGAACUCGUGUUGGACACCAGUGAGAGUCUGUAUUCAGGGAUGCAGAUUGGAACUUUACAGGAUGAGGAAGAAGAGGGAGCCGUACCUUCAUCACACCCUGAACCCUUCUCCCAUUCAGCACUGGCUCUGAGUAGACCCCACCUCCUAGAGGGCAGAGGUCACAACAGACAGGCGUCAGACAGCAGUGUGGAUCACUUCAUACCAAAGGAGGAACCAGCAGAGACCACAGAGCUGGAGAACAAGCCAUCGAGGAUAAAGGGUCCGAUUGGCCACUACACAGACCAAGGGGCGGAGCCUCUGGUUCACUGUGUACGACUCCUCUCUGCCUCCUUCCUGCUGACUGGACAGAAGAAUGGUACGAGUCUGAGAGGUGUCUCUGACCUGUGUGUGUCUCUGACCUGUGUGUGUCUCUGA